CUAGUUCAUUGCUCCCGGAGACUGAUUUCAGUCCAUACCGAAACCAACAUUCGGUGAAAACCACACAAAAACGAUGCUUUAAAGUUUGAAAAAAAUCUUACAAAUAUAUAAGAUGCUGGUAGGGUGAUGUUCUAUUGCCAUGCAAAUUUCAAAUUCAAGCACGUGGUGUGAGCUAUAAAAAAGACAAAAUUAGCAUUGAAUAGUAUCAAAUAGAAAAAUAACUAUUUAUUGCUGAAUUUGUCUUUUCAUAGCUCGCAUCUCAUAAUAUGCUUUAACUUGAAAUUUCACAUGACAAUAGAACAUCAUCCUCUCAACACCCCAUAUUUUCUAGAUUUUUUGGAAACUUCUAAAUAUGAUUUCCCAAAGUUUUCUUUAAAUGAAGGUUUCCGUUUCCGUUUCUGUGUGAUAUUCUCCACUUCCCGGCCACCCGCCAACUGUGGCCUGUGUUGUGUCGUUUCCGUAUGAUAUUCUUAACUUCCCGGCCACCCGCCAAUUGUGACCUGUGUUGAUUCUAAGAAAAAAAACAUAGAAAAACUGUGGCCUGUGUUGUGUGGGUCGGCGAUGACGACGAUGCUUUGAGCACGUCCAUAAUUUCUAUUUCUCUGUUCCUAAAUAUUAGUUUUUUUAAAGAUUCCGCCGAUUCUAAAAAAACACAAAAAAACUGUGGCCUGUGUUGUGUGGGUCGGCGAUGACGACGACGCUUUGAGCACGUCCAUAAUUUCUAUUCCUCUGUUUCUAAAUAUUAGUUUUUUUAAAGAUUCCACUACAAAGUACAUACGGAUGUAUAUAGACAUAUUUUAGUGUAGAUUCACUCAUUUUGCUUCGAAUGUAGUUCAUACUGAAAUUUCUAAAAAGACUUAUAUUUAAAAACGGAAGGAGUAUUUUUCGUACUCUCCUAUGGGUGUCCAACUCGGCUUCUGCCCUUUUAUUGGGGCAAAAGAAAGUGAAUCUCGUGUUUCCGUCGACAUCAACUUUUUGGUGUGCUGCUGUGGUGUGGCACACCAGCGCAUGUCGACCGCGCCCGUCGACGUUGAUGGGUGAACCGACGGUCCCUACACGCGUGCUUGUCUCCGGUUGUCGGCUCACACCAGGGCCAAAAUCUGUCAUGUGCUAGUGUGGAUCCUGCAUCACAUGCAUGAAAAUCUGUCACGGACAAGUAAGGCCCUCUCACUCCUCUCCUGUCCAUCAAAAGGUUUGGUUCCCGUUCCACUCCCCACCCCGGCGAGGUUGCCUCCUCCAACUAACCUCCCUCGCCAUUGCCGCGCUUCGUUGGUUCCUCUUCCCUUCCCUCCCGGCGCGCUCGUGCUCACGCUUACAAGAAAUGGAGCAAUGCGGGUGACAAUCUUCAUGCAAGAGUGAGAUCAUCCAUGGGGAACAGAUGUCUCAUGGUGGUGACCAGCAUCCUCGCUGUGAUGACGAUCGUGUUCGGAAUAAUCAGCGCGGUUCUCUUGGCGAUGAAACAUCAUCAAGAUGACCAUGGCGAGUUCUCUACAUACCGGCGAUCGCCGGCGAUGCCAUGCGGCGUGGUAGCAGCCGUUUUGGCGUCCAUGACGCAGAUUCUUGCCAGCGUGACCAUCUGCUGCUUUGGGGCGUGGCGGCUAACUAAGGGGGCCAAGCGCAUCGCCGCGAUGGUCUUCUUCAUCACCUCAUGGGUCCUUGCGAUCAUAGCAGUGCUGCUAUUUCUGGCAGGUGCCAUGUUAGGAUUUGAAGGCUCUGCAAAGAAAACAGUUGGGAAUGCUAGGAUUGUCGGAGGUGUCGCAAUUUUUGUGAUCGCGACGUUUUUGUUUCUUGUAGUCGCCGCCCUUGAGGUUGCCUCAUACCGCCUAGUUCGGAAGAAGGACCACUACCAAGCAUAUGUUGGCAGUAAUCCUCCUUUUGUGCCAUCUAAAGACGCUCCCUACGGUUCUGCUCCUCCACCGCCAAAUCAAGUCUAAGGUUAGCACUGCCUCCAUGGCAUGGUUGUCUUUCCCUUCCAAAGGAGGAACACGUUGUAUGAACUGCGGUAGGUGAAAGGCGUAGGCUACGACCCAUGCAACCAUCUUGCGUGUUUUGUGUGUUUGUUAUGGCUCCACUCAAGUCGUGAGAAAGAAUUCAAAAGUUUAUCUGCAUUGCUUGAAACAUAUGUGCUUGUGAAGCUUUUUUAUA